CCCACUCUCUUCUCUACAACAAACAUGGCCGCUAAAUCUGAUGGUGCACCCGUCUCGUUGCGAAAUGACAUCCUGCCCGAGUGCCUGCCUGGUUCAGAUCAACGUUCGCCUCACUGCCACCCUGCUAGGAAACGCUACUCGCUCCUCGACUGCAGCUGGACGCUAUGUGCGCUUUUGGUGUUCUUUUCGGACGGGGCCUCAGACCUGUGGCUGGCCGCGGACUACUACCUCAGGCGGAACUACUGGUGGUUUGCAUUGACGCUAGUCUUCGUGAUCGUUCCGUCUGUGGUGGUUCAGGUGCUGAGUUUUAGGUGGUUCGCCUAUGAUUAUUCGGAUACCAACGACAGUAGCACAGCCGCAGCCGCGGUGGUCGCUGCAUCGGGGGCGGAUAGCCAUUUCAGUACCAAGGACAGCGACCAGCGGGGCGCUGGCUGCGGUGCUGAGGCCGGGGGGGCAUUGCCUACAACGGCCACUAUGGGAGGCGCCCGGGGCUGCUGCAGAGCCUUUAUGUGGCUCUUUCAAUGCUUCAUUCACAUAUUCCAGCUAGCACAGGUCUGGAGGUAUGUCCAUGCCCUGUACUUGGGGGUGCAGAGUCGCUGGCGCGGGGACCAUGAGUGCCGUCACUUCUACUGGCGCAUGAUGUUUGAGAGUGCUGACAUCAGCAUGCUGCGUCUGCUGGAGUCCUUCCUGAAGAGCGCCCCACAGCUGGUCCUGCAGCUCAGCAUCAUGAUCCAGGCCAGCCAGGUUCUCCCGCUGCAGGGCCUCUCAGCCUCGGCCUCUCUGGUUUCCCUGUCAUGGAUGAUCGCCUCCUAUCAGAAGGUUCUGCGGGACUCCCGGGACGACAAGCUGCCCAUGUCCUACAAGGCAGUCAUUGUUCAAAUCCUGUGGCACCUGUUCACCAUCGGGGCCCGUACGAUGGCGUUUGCCCUGUUCGCCUCGGUGUUCCAGCUUUACUUCGGCAUCUUCAUCGUGGCCCACUGGUGUCUCAUGACAUUCUGGAUCAUUCAGGGUGAAACGGACUUCUGCAUGUCCAAAUGGGAAGAGAUCAUCUAUAACAUGAUGGUCGGCAUUGUGUACGUUUUCUGCUGGUUCAGCGUAAGGGAGGGUCGCACCCGCUGCCGUAUGCUCGUCUACAGUGUGGUGGUAUUUGUUGAGAACGUGGCGCUCACCACAUUCUGGUACCUGUAUCGGGGCCCAAAGACCUCGGACUUCACUGCCCUGGUCGUAGUGUGCAUGGUGGCCAGUAGCUAUGCUCUGGGCACCUUCUUCAUGUUUGUCUACUACUGCUUGCUGCACCCUGAUGGUCCUAUCUCAGGGUGGGGGUGGGGGGUGCCAGAGGAGGUAACAGUGGAGUCUUGCCUUUCCCCAGCCUCCUCCCUUCCUCCCGACGUAGUGGCCAGCCCCCCCAGAACCUUGCAGAGAACUAAAGGGGGAGACCGGGAGCAAAUGGGAGGGACUAAUGCAGACGUCUUCCUGGUACGGACACUUAAAAGAGGAGCCAAAGCCACUCUGCCCCCCCUUGCCCCCAGGACAGGGGGGCCGCUUAUCCGUAUAGACUUGCCGAGGAAGAAGUAUCCUGCCUGGGAUGCCCACUUCAUCGACCGCCGGCUGCGCAAAACCAUCCUGGUUCUUGAGGGAGCUGCUCCGGUCACACCAAGGAUCCAGUACCGCUGUCUGGGCUCACCUACAGAGGUGAUGGAAUACGAAACCACAGUGUGAACUGCAGACAAAGCUGUCACUCGACCGGCUGCGAGCCAGCCGACAAGGACCCACCGAGGCAAACGGCUGACGAGCUCCUUGGGGGUCAGUUUCGCUCAGGCCCCCGUGGCUGUUGUGAAGGGUCAGGGCCACACCCACCAAGAGAGGGGGAAAGGGGGCUGAGGUUUUCACAUGAAACAUCUGGGGACAGAAAUCCACAGUGUCUGAUGCGGCCUGAGCAGGCGACCAGGAUAGAUAUUUUGGUGUCAGUAUCAUUUCUUAGAUGAGGGGGUACGUUACAGGGAGGGGUAUGAGCCAGGGGUCAGAGGUUAGAUAUCAGUGAAUGUGCAAAGGGCCACAGUUAAAGGAGGAGGGGCUUUGUGGCUAGCUUUCAAUCCGAGGGAAAUCAUACUCAAUGAAGGUGCUUCAAAAUAAUGUCCUUUCAUGCCAAGGCAAAUACCAUCAGAGACAAUACCUAAACAUUUAUGAAUACCUAUGACAGUAUAAUUAAAUACAGAGCUUAUGGUUAAUAUAAUAUGAUAAUGUCCAAUAACAAUAUAAGUCAUGUGGGUUUGCUUAAUACAUACCCAUCUACUGCGCUACUGAAUCAGUACCUGAAGAUGAUAAUGGAAGAUAUUACGACUGUUUAUAAUUUGUCAUAGCUAUUUAUGCAUGUUUAAGUAAUCUCAAAGCCUUAAUAAAUUGUCUGAAAUCCACAGGACAAUUAAAAUAAAUGGAGAAAUAGAAAAUAAUGUAUGGAGAUGAAUGUUCAGUACACUAUGUUUCCACUUGAUGUGGUAUUAUGACGACAUUCCAGGAGUACAAUAAACACGUGGUGGGACGGAUAUGGAAUGGGCAGGUUUUCUGAACCAUGGAUUUCAGUAUUUUGUCUUACUUUCAAUUGUGUGGACUCUGGAUGCCCUGUAGUUUAGAUAUCUUUCAGUCUUCGUGAUGAAGAUACAUUGUGCUUUGUGUAUCUAGGUAGCCAUUGCUCAAUAAAGAAGUGUCUAUCAGCCCAACGCUGAAUAUGGAGAGUGUACUCUCCAUUAGAACAACGCGGAACAAUAAUAUGGCUGAGAAUUGGGAACAAGGUUGAAACUGGGAGCCUUAGUAUAUGAGGUGCGUGCUUGUUAGUGCGCGUGUUUGUGCACAUUUGUAUUAUGUAUGUUGUACUUUGGGGUUCAUAUGAUAUUGUGUUGUAGAAAGAAGACAAAGCUUUAGUUCUUAAAUGCUGUCCGGUUAAAUAAUUGUUCCUGUCAGUACCAAGAUGAAUUUACUAUCUCCAUUCUGCACACAGCCAAGCAACAGGUGCUGGUAGGUGCUAACUGUUGAGUGUGCAUAGAGCACCAGGGUUUACCACCGUGGUGUCUGGAUUCAUCCAUCAAACCAAACCGGUUUCACUGGGCUGUACCUCAAACACACAUACCAGAAUAAAAAGCCUUAAACUGGCCAUGCCAGACUGUUGCUGGUCAAUGCGGGGGGAAAAGAACAAAGACUUUCAUUUUGUUGUUGUUUGGAAAAUAAAGAGCAAUGUGUUUACCUUCUUCAUGACAAAGGCAUUCUUUCGACAUAGGAUUUCCAUUAACAAACGCAACCAGAGCUGUAAAAAAAUCAAGCUUAUCUAAAAGAUACACGUGGGACGUGGAAAUCUAGAUAACAGGUUAUUCAUAUACAGCAGAUAUUUUAAAGGUGGGUGUUAGAGACAGAGAUCGAGAGACAAACAGAUCGAAUAUUUCUACUAAAGUGACAGAUUGUUCUGAUUAGAUUGCCUAGUGGUAAGCAGCUAAAUCCUGUCUUGUG